AUGGGCUCCACAGUCUCGCACAUCGACCAGGCCGACUAUCCCGCCGCGCAAGGCGUUGCCCUCCAGCUAAACUCGGACUGGACGUUGGGCCCGCUCUUCUUCGGCUGGACGGCUAACGUCUUCCUCUGUGGCGUCACGGUCAGCUGGCUUGCGGGUUACUGGAGACGGGCAAAGGGGGACAGGUGGACGGUCAAGUCGGCGGUACUGGUCGCUGCUUGUUCCGAAGUCGUGACGGCCAUCCUCAACAUGCUCUCCAUCAUCUCGCACGGCAAGGACCAGAACCGCUCGAACGAUGCCAUUUCGCUCCUGCGAGGACCCGAUGCGCUGAGCGUCCUCAUUGGCGCCUUUGCGGCUGUAGCAGCGCAGGCGUUCUUUGCUGCGCGGUGCUGGAGGGUCCUCCCGAAAGCCGCCCGAAUCCCCUUCCUCCUCUGGACCGCCGUGCUCGUCCUCGCAAGCGCAGGCAGUGCCUUUGGCAUCACAAUCGUCGAGCUGAUUAACCACGGCGCGACCGACGCGACCCGCGGCGCCUCGCCGGACGCGUAUGAGAACCUCUACAACCUCGCGCUUGCAUGGCUGUUCUGCGGUGCCGCAGCGGAUAUCUCCAUUUCUGCGGUGCUAAUCACACGGCUGUGGCAGAAGAAGCGUGCGGCGAACGCUGGAGCUGCGAAUGCUGGACGUCCAGGUGCGGACGGCGGACUCGGCGGGUUCAUGCGCGUCACGUUCGAAGCGGCGCUGUGUACGACGAUUACGGCGAUCGUGUCGGGCUUCACCUAUGUCACCCUCACCGAGACGACCAACCUCUCCUACGCCUUCUCAAACCUUCUCCCAGGCCUCUACGCCCUCUCGCUCCUCUGGGUCCUGAACUCCGCCCACCGCCUGGCGGAAGAGAUUAAGCUCGCGGACUUGAACACGAUCCAGCUCGUCUGGGACCUGUCCGCUUCGCUUGAUGGCGGAUCCGAUGGUCGAGACCGGUGUUUGAGCAGGAUUGUCGAGGGGACGGUGAGCGAUGCUGAGUAUUGGGCGGAAGGCGAGCAGGAAGGAGGGGGACGAGGGGUCAUUUUCGGGAAAGCGGUUGGUGGUAGACGGAGGUGA